UUGGUUCGCGAGUGUUGCUUUCAAUUUUGCUUUUCCGUUUCCUCGAUGAAGCGGCCGCGGGAUGAGACGGUGAGCUUCUUCCCACUGGCCACGCCUCUUACAGGCCGCUUCCUGCUGUAUGGAAACAUCUGCCUGGAUUGCGCCUUCAAAGUGCCAAGCUACCCCAAGGAGGACUCCGCCCAGCGGGCGACAGGCUACUCCAAGAAGCUUGGAGGUAACAGUGCCAACAGCUGCACCGUUCUGGCGCAGCUUCUGGGCAGAGGUCGGGUGAGCACUUUGAGCAUCAUCCCUGAUCGGGGCAACCCGGACGCCGCAUUCGCGGUGUCCACGUUGGAGGGCUACGGCGUGGACACCUCCCAACUGCAAGAAAUCCCUGGGGCGGGUCUACCCACCAGCUUCGUGCUCCUCAGCGAGGACAGCGGGGCCAGAACCAUCAUCUCACACCGCUCCGGUCUGAAAGAGAUGGACCCUUCGCACCUGGCGCAGGUCCUGCGGGCCAACGACUUCUGCUGGUGCCACUUGGAGUGUCGUCAGCUGGGCGUGGCCGACAUGGCGCAGCUGAGCCGCGAGCUGCGCCCCAAGGCGGUCCUCUCGGUUGAAAUUGAGAAGCCCUCGAUGGAUCUCCAAGCAGUACUUCCCAUGCUCUCGCGCUGCGACGUGGUCUUCUUCUCCAGCGACUACAUCAAGGCACACGCGCCGACCGCGGGAGAAGCAGAUGGUGAUGACUGGCAGAAGCAUUCGGCCCUCCGCUGCUUGCAGACCUGGGCUGCGGCGUGCAACGCCCAGGCGGCGCUCUGGAUUUGCGCUUGGGGCUCUUUGGGCGCCUUCGCCUAUGACACCGCCGCCAAGCAAAGCUUCUUCCAAGCCGCAGAGAAGGCGCGUGCGGUGGAGACGGUGGCGGCCGGGGACACCUUUAUUGCCGCAGCCAUCUACGCGUUGGCCUCAGGCGCCUCGGCUUCGGAAGCCUUGCGCUGCGCCUGCGCGGUGGCGGGGCAGAAGGUGGCGCAGGAGGGCCUCCAGGACCUCGCGUUGGCCGUGCCAAAGGAUAUGCCGUGGAAGGCGUGAGAGACACGCGAGGCGACCUGAGAGACACGCGAACGACCUGACAAACCCGCGCCCAAUCCAAGACCAGAAGAAGGGUUCCUGAAUUUUUCAGGCAGGCCCACAGUUAGAGGGUAGUGUCUUGGCCGCAUCUUGAUUGUCAAAACGGCAGGUUGCGGCCGGCAGGCCCGUGCCAAUGGAUUGCCCUUGGCGCUUGUAGGCAGCGUCCGCAAGGAUUGGGCGAUGACCUCCGGGCAAGAGGUAAUUGUCUGGUUUCCCUUAUU